AUGUCGCAAAUUCCAUUAAAUGAAAAUUUACCAAAAAUGUAUAUACAUUCCAAGAGGAAAUCAGGAUACGUUAUGGGUCCAAAAAUUUACACAUUUGAAUCAAAUGAAAGUUCAGGUGCAGAUAUACAAAUCAUCGGAAGAAGAAAUAAACAGUGUCAAGCGAAAAUUAUGGGUACUGCGGAACAAAUUAAAAUGGUCGUUAAAUUAUUACAAGACACCUUGGGUCGCACCAAUUAUUUUUCACCCUCCAUCGGAUUCACUUUAUUGGACGUCUCGGAUGAGUACGAGUCGCGUUACAUUGGCAAAGUGAUUUUGCCUCAAAUGGAAAGUUCAAAUGUACGAGUGUUAGACAAUCAAUCAUCAAAAUCAAUUUAUGUAAAAGUGGAAGCUAUACGCCUUAAUUUCAUGUCUACUUUACAAGAUGAAGGAGAUAGAGUCACUUCGGAAGAUACAGUCAAUUUGAUCCAUCAUUAUCGGAACAUAAGGUUUCAAUUCUUAGAAAUAGUUUAA